AUGUUCAAAUUUCAUUGCGUGUCAUCACUUUUCGUUUUACUACAAAUAUUUAACGGUAAUUUCGCCAUAACAAGUACAGACAACGAUGGUAAUAGUGUUCAAGAAUUCCAAUAUUGUUUACGCAAAUCAUCACAUCCCAAUUUAAGGGAGUGUGUUGGUCGUACGGCCAUUAGUUUUUUGCAACGUUUCGAUGAAAGAGAUAAUUUUACAUUUGCUGGUAGUUUAAUUGCUGCCCGUGACGAUAAGGUGGCAUCCAGGUCAUUAGUGAAUUUUUUGGAUACUGAUCCGGUGGAUUUUAGAGGCAUUUUAGAAAAUGCUGGAGCUGUAUUUAGUCAACGAGCUCUUGAAUUCCAUAUGGAUGCCAUAUACCCAGGUCUUAUGUUUAAGGUAGGCCCCUCCGCCGAUUCUAAUAGUGUGGCACAAUUUAUGUUAGAUCCAACAGUAGAUGAAAGAAAUUUUAAUUAUGAAGAAGCUUCAACAGCACGCAUCUUAACAAAACAAUAUCUGUUACCAUUUCUACUUGGUUUCAAAUUCAACUUGGUAGCACUGGUACCAAUUUUAUUUACCAUAAUUUGUUUACUCUUGAAAAAAUCACUUUUUAUUGCCAAGUUAGUGGUUUAUAUUAGCAGCAUUUUAGGCAUAGGAGGAGUUGCUGGUGCUUUGGGUACAUUAGGUGGCGGUUUAGGAGGUUUGUUUGGAGGCGGUCAUGGCUUUGGCGGUGGUAUUCCACCACCACCACCACCACCACCUUUUAGAGGACAUGCUUUUGCUGGAGGAAAUUUUGGUGCUGCAGCUGGUGGUGGCUUGUAUCCCGGUAAAAAUACUGUCUACUCACAAUAUGAACAAGAUGAACUCCAGCACAUUUCACCAUACAAAAGACAAGAUCGUAAAGUAGUUUUUGAGAAGACAAGAGAAAAUACUGGAAGAAUUAAUACCAGCAGUAAUGUACGUUCAACUGUCGCACCAGUUAUAGCCACACCUGCCCCAGAUCGUUUUUAUGAAUAUGAGAAACAGGUUCUAAUGCAAGAUCGUAGUGGUAAAUUACGUCACUCAAAUGGUAAAUUAGGUCCUUCGGCCUAUGCUGAAGAUGAAGAAGAGGUGGCUGGUGUUAUAAAUGUUUCACAUAGCCAUCAUUUUAAGACUAGUGAUAACUCUGGUUGGAAAGUACUAAAUUUAAGAGUUUUAAGUGUUGCCAUAAUAAGUACGCGAGAAGAUGCUUUUUCCGCACGACAAAUGGGCCAAUCGAUGGCUCAAUGUUUUGGACAGAGUGAGAUAAUUAAUUGUUUGGAAAAUAAAAUAUUUGAGACAUUAGACAGAGCCAUUGCCAAUAAUGAUACAUGGCAAUUUAGUGAUUUUUUAGUUAUUGAAAAAAAUGCUCAAACCACCUCCUCGCCAUUCUUUAACGAGGAACAUGAGAACAAAUUACUAAAUACAUCAAAUAGACGUUCUCUAAGUGAUACAUUGGCUUUGAAAAUGUUACAGUUGGCUCAAACACGUUCAUUAAAAUUACAAUUACCCUCAUCUGUCAAUAAUUUAUUCAAUAAACGCAGCAUAUCCUCGGCUCUAGAUGAUUUGAAUGCGGCUACCACUGAUGAUGUUGAUGUGGAGAAUGAAGAUACUGGUGCGAUAGAACAAUUGGAACAGGAAGAAGGUACGCUACGUCGCAAGAAAAAGGACAAAGACAAGAACAUGGCAAUGAUGGGAGGAAUGGCGAUGCUGGCAAUGGUUGCACAAAUGUUUUUGGGCAAAGUAAUACUGAUAGCAGGAGCUGCAUUUGUAAUGGCUAAAGUUGCUUUACUUAUAUCCGUACUGGGCAGUCUCAAAAAGGGAGCGGGUGGUAGUGGCGGAGGUACCGAUCAUGUAAUUGUUACUGGCGGAGGAGGAGGCGGCGGCAGUCAUAGUCACGAACACAGUUCAAGUUGGCAUCGCAGCAUGCCUUACGAACACAACAAAUUUGAAAUAGUACCCGCAGACGAACACAAAUUCACCGAACCGGUAACUUACUAUGAAUUUGCCGAAAAUGAUGAAUUCAAACGUAGGAAUCAAUAUCAACAGCCACCAAUAUCUUUGGUGUGA